AUGGCCGCACGCGCAGCGCCGGGGAGGCGGGACGGAGUGGCGGAAAGGGGCCAAUGGGAGCCGGCCCGUGCGGCAACGCCGUUUCCGGGCGGGGGGAGCAGCGCCGGGCUGAGCGGUGGCCGCGCGGGUGCGGCGGUGCCGGGCGGGCGGUGCGCCGAGGGGGAACCGGACCGGGCUGAGCCCGGGCAGCGCCGCGGAGUCCCCUUUGACGCGCUCCAGCCCCGGCGGAGGCUGCCGGCGAUGCUGCCGCGCGCGGCGGGGCUGGUCUCGCCCAUCCCCAGCCGCUCUGGAAGACGGGAGCGGGGCUGGGGACCGGCCGCGCAGGUGGGGAGCGGGUGCCGCCCAGCCCCCAAGUGCGCAGGAACAGGGAACUUCACGCGGAGGCGCUUUGUUAAAGGGGGAAAAAAAGAAAGGAGGGGAGUCAGGAUGUAUCUUUUUCCGGGGAGAUCCCACCGAUCUGAAAACCGUGUCCGCCGGCAGCAUCGCCGCGGCUGCCCGGCUGCCGCUGACCUUGGCAUGGCCGCGGCGGGCACAGGACCGCGUCCUCGGCCGCUGCCGCGCUGCGGAGCGGGUGUGCCGAGCCGUGCCGAGCCGUGCCUAACCGAGCUGUGCGGGACACUCCGUGGCACGGUUGUCAGUGCGCCGAGGGGUUUGCACCGAGUUUGCAAGACCGCAGAACUUGUCCUGGUGGCAGUGCCGCACCUGCCUGCACCUGUGUUCAACUUGGUUCAGCGAUUUUGCCAGUGGACCAGGUGACAAUGGAAUUUGUAGCUGGUUAAAGAAAACGCUUUGUUUGCUGGAGUACUGCAGUAGUCUUGAAAUGUCGUCACAGAACAUAAAUGUCGGGACACCUAAUCCCAACCUCUCCUAAUUGUUUGGAAGAUAUUUGGAAGAAGUUUAUAAAGCUGAGUUUUCUUACACAGGCAUUCACAAAUAAGAGGUCUGAACUGUGAUCACAGAAAGAAACUGGAAGCAUAUUUUAAGUGAUGACUUUCUUGAUAAUGAAAUUUUGUAUUUGGUCAAUUUUUUUCUAUAAUAAGGAUGACUGGAAAAACUACCUUCUUUUCACUUUGGAAUAUGCAGUUUCUGUGGGGAAGGAAUGGCUCUUUCAUAGAUAUCUGUUAUGAUAGAAUAUUAUUCCUUUUCAACAUCAUACAUUUUAUCACAUGAAUCAUUUUAUCAGCCUAAAAGUAAUUUAAACGGCUACUGAUAGAGAUGAUUACAGUGCUAAGAGACAGAAGGUAAAAUGGGUUUGCACCCUUCAAGGUUUAUUUUUCUGUUGACUUUUUUUAAAGUUUAAACAGAUUAUAAAAUUUUGAAAAUCACCUGCUGCAAAUGUAUUGUAGAUUUUUCAUGUCUGUUUUAAAUAAAAUUGUAGUGUGCUUAGGUAAUGAAAUCCAAAUUCAAAAUAAAUGUGAAGACUUUAUUCUCUCUUACUCUCUCACACCCUACUCUAAGAGAGGGGAGGUGAAGAAGCUGUAGGAAUUAUGGUCCAUGGUGAGAAGAAAAAAAGGCUACUCGCUGAGAGAAGAGAAUGCAAAGCUAAUGAAUCCACUAGAGGAAGGCUCUGCAUUUCUGUGUCCAUCCUAUGCUAAGCAGAAUCUCGAUCAUGGAAUAUCAAAAGAGAUUUGCCCUGUAUGAUAUGGAAGAGUGACGUGGACAUCCUACUUACCCACAAUCUUGUUGCCUUGGACAAUGAGUUGCAGUGCAGCAGGAAUCCAUGCAUUUGAAAGGACUAUUCACUUCAUCAGACUGUCAUCAUCCUCCAGUCUCUCAUGUUUGUUUCACAUCACCCUUCAUGUGAGCUGCUGGCCUUCCCAUGCAUAUCUGUGUGGUACUUAGGACAGAGGACUAUAGUGUCUUUUGUGCCUCUGGGUAAUAAGUCGUUCUGACCUAAAACAAUAUGAGAACAAGUCUGUGUAAGGUUUGUUAGAGGAGUGGUUCUUUUAUGUAGGCUUUCAGAUUCUGUUACUAAAGCGAACUGUAAUUGCUACACACGUUUUACAUGUUAGUGGCCCAUACAUCAAUUUUAGUGCCUCUGUGCUGCAAUAAUUUAGAUGGACUUCUGAUUGCAAAAUGUGCCAAGAUUUGAAUUUUCAAUAACUUCUCUGUGUAAUUUAGACCAAGGUUUGCUUUUUUUGUGUUGGUACUUAUACAGUUUCCUUCUGUUCUGAUAAUAGACAAAACAUACUUUCCCUUUCAAAAAUAAAAUUGCUUUUCAGAUCAGAA